AUGUCUGGGUGUCAUCACGGCCAUAAUCAUUCUCGCCCAUCAGAACAUUCCUAUCCGGAGCUCAACCUUGGUCCUGGUGCAAAAUGGAUUAAGAACCUCACAAAGGAUCGUCUCUCCCAAUUCACAGGCGGUCACUUCUCAGACGUUAACUUGUCCUCUGUCCUCUUCACUCACCGCUUGGACGGCUCAGAGAAUGUGAAACUGCAAGUAUGGAGUGCCCCGGGUUUGACGAAACCGAGUUUCGAGGAAGCUAUGAAGCAGACGUUCCGACCUGCAAAGAAGGGAGAUGCAUUUGGUCCGUCGUGGACGAACCAUUGGUGGAAGGUGACGCUGCAUAUACCAUCUUACUGGGAACAAUACGAGCGUGUGCAGUUUGAAUUCGACCCGGGAUGCGAGGCUAUGGUGUUCUCUACGGAUGGCACACCACUGCAAGGAAUCACGGGAGGCCACGGGGGAGAUAGGCGUGUUGACCACAUAAUUCCACCUAAAGCACGGAAAGCAGGCGUAUAUGAAAUAGUAAUUGAAAGCAGCUGCAAUGGAAUGUUUGGAGUACCAACUGGCGGUGACACUAUCGCUCCUCCGGACAUGAACCGCUACUUCACACUAGCAAGCGCCGACCUGGUCGUACCAAACGAAGAAGCCUGGCGCCUUCUCUGGGACUUCACGACCUUACGCGAAAUAGCAGACACCUUGCUCGGAAACACAGCGCUUCAGAACAAAGCUGUCGUGACUGCAAACGCCAUUAUGAAUGCGUUUGACACGGGCGAUCCGGCUAGCAUUUCGCGUGCGCGGAAAGUAGCGGAAGACGUCCUUGGAAAGGACUGGCAGGCGAAGGGAGCGGAUAUUUAUAAGGGUGAUACAAACUCGGUGGAUAUUUGGGGGAUUGGGCAUUGUCAUAUUGAUAGUGCAUGGCUCUGGCCGUUCCGUGUUACGCAGCAAAAGGUUGCUCGUAGCUGGUCAACCCAGGUCGACCUCAUGAACCGUUACCCGGAGCACCGAUUCGCAGCGUCUUCGGCACAGCAAUACAAGUGGCUCGAACAGUUAUACCCAAAGGCAUUCGAGAACGUCAAAGCAAAAAUCAAAAGCGGACAAUUCCACAUAGUCGGUGGAUCAUGGGUAGAGAACGACGGGAACAUGCCCUCCGGAGAAGGCCUCAUCCGACAAUUCCUCUUCGGUCAGAGAUACUUCGAGUCACGAUUCGGUGUCCGCUGUGAGACUGCGUGGUUACCUGAUUCUUUUGGGUUAACGGGCGCGUACCCGCAAAUUAUAAGGAGUGCGGGAAUGAAGUACUUCUUUACGCAGAAGUUGAGUUGGAAUAAUGUUAAUGUUUUCCCACAUUCGACGUUUAAUUGGGUUGGAAUUGACGGGACUCAAGUACUGUGCCACAUGACACCAGUGGACACAUAUACUGCACAAGCAACCGUAGGUGACAUUCGUAGGGGCAUUGUGAACCACAAGAAUUUGGAGUCAAACAACACCGCUCUACUCGUUUUCGGAAACGGAGAUGGUGGAGGAGGGCCGCUUAAUAAGAUGCUUGAGAACUUGCGACGCAUUCGAGCAGCAGCGAACGAGUCGCGCGAACUCCCUGUUGUCAAUAUGGGCCAUUCGAUUGAAGAUUUCUUCCGUGAUGUUGACAAGAAAACUGCGCAUGGGAAGAAGUUGCCCGCGUGGCAUGGUGAACUUUACCUCGAGUUCCACCGCGGAACGUAUACUUCUCAUGGGUCUAUUAAGAAAGGAAAUCGGGAGUCGGAGAUACUGCUACGGGACGUCGAGCUUGUGGCAACUUUAGCUUCUGUGUUGCAGCUGAAGAAGUAUGAUUAUCCCAAAGAGCGAAUUGAGGAGUUAUGGGAGAAAGUUCUGCUUUGUCAAUUCCAUGACGUCCUUCCGGGUUCUAGCAUUGGCAUGGUUUAUGAGGACGCGGAGCAGUACUACGCGGAGGUCAGGAAGGGCGCAAGGGAGCUCAUCGACGAUGCCAUCGGCUCUCUCUUGCAAACACACUCUGUUCCUAUUUCUUCGGACGCAUUGUCAUCAGCAUCAGGACCAGGAACACUCGUCGCCUUCAAUACGACGAUCCUCCCCCGUCUAGACGUCAUUCCUGUACCGCUUCUGGGUCCUGCAGCUUCACAAUUGAAGAAUGUUGUUGUGCAGACCGCGGAUGAUGGAAAGAGUGGCUUCGCUUUGGUGGCUGCACAGAAUGGACAGAGUGUUGUUACGCCUUGCGGGUUCCCUACAGAUUGUAACGCUGCUUCCGUGUCUACGAGAGCCAAUGGCGACUUCGUUCUACGAAACGCAUUUGUUGAGUUGACAAUUAGUGAUGGUCGUAUUACAAGUCUCGUCGACAAGCAGAUUGGGCGCGAACUCAUAUUUGAAGGCGAGUCCGGAGGUAUGGUCAUCUUUGAAGACCGACCGAACUACUGGGAUGCAUGGGAUGUUGAGAUCCACCACCUUGAGAAACGGACACCUCUGAAGUUCUCGGACGUGAAGGUCGUUGCAAGAGGACCUCUCAGGGCUGCUGUGGAAGCAACUGUGAAGAUCGGGAAGAGUACGGCGAUCGUGACUAUCUCACUUGAUGCUAUCCCUGCUUCCGUUUCUCCGAGCUCUCGCCCGUACUUCCGCUUUGAUGCCCAUGUCGAUUGGCAUGAACGGCACCAGUUCCUUAAGUUCGAGUUGCCUUUGAACAUCCACUCGGACACUGCGACGUACGAGUCGCAAUUCGGAUGGGUUCAGCGUCCAACACACAAAAACACGACUUGGGAUGCUGCGAAGUUCGAAGUGUGCGGUCACAAAUACGCCGACCUGAGUGAAUACGGAUACGGAGUGGCUAUCCUCUCGGAAUCGAAAUACGGAUUCUCGUGUAUCGGGAACAUCUUGCGUAUCUCGCUCCUUCGUGGAGCUACUGCGCCAGACGCCGAACAGGACCAAGGAGAACAUGAUUUCUCGUGGGCUGUACUUCCGCACGUUGGACAUUUCUUACAGUCAGACGUUGUGCAGGCUGCGUAUCUGUUCAACUCACCUUUACUCGUUCGCUACACCCAAACAGAAACACUGACAAAAUCAACUUCGAUCCUUCAAAAACCGCCUUUCAGUAUCCGCGGCGCACCAAACGUCAUUCUCGAGACAGUAAAACGAGGGGAGGACGAUCUCUUCGGCACCGCCUCUUCCACCACGUCAACAACAAAGAAACCCAAGACGAUCAUUCUACGUAUAUACGAAGCACUCGGAGGCCACGCGCAAGCAUUCCUCCGCGUCUUUGGUGCUUUCCCAGUCGUCAAGGCGUACGAGACGAACAUUCUCGAGGACGAGCUUAAAGAAUUGUCGGUGUUCCGUGCGAAUGAGGAUGAUGGAAAUGGAGGGGAUGACGCGAAGGACGUUGAGAUUAAGUUGGACUUCCGCGGGUUUGAGGUGAAGACUGUGAAACUUGUCCUUGGUGAAGUAGGUGUGCCCAAGUGAUGGACCGAGAGUAAGCCCAUAUAUCUUUAUAAAGGUUGAGGGUUUAUCCGGUUGUGUUGAACUUUCAUCCCAUUUUCCCAAGCCCUUUUAUGCGGAAGGAGCACUGAAUUAGCCUCUAAGCUAAAAGUUUACAAGGACUGAUUGACUCGAACUGUUGCUAUGUUUACUUUGCAAUGUAACAUGUAUAUAGGACUCUGUAUCGAGCACAAACUUUAAAUACUAUGCUAUGACUUCUC